UCUUUUUCAUAAUAUCAUACGAUAAAUGUAAAUAAAGUGGUAUAUAUUGAAAAUUAUUUUAUAUGGAUAAAUUGACAGCAGCUGAAUAAUCUUGAAAGUUGAGACUACCAAGUAUUUAGUUUUUUCGUGUUUGUUUUAAACAUCUCAGUAAUAUGCAUCCACUAAUAUUAAAAUUUGGGUUUUAGAUUUUCACAAUGAGUACAAUACAUUUAAGUCACUUAAUCAGAAUCUAGUGAUCUAUAUAUUUCUAAUUCUAGUCAAUGGUAAUCGAAUGUUAUCACUUUUAUCAUGGGCGACUUCAAAUGUUAUAACUUAUCACUAGAUGUUAGGAUAAUUAAUCUCCAACCUGGUAUUCAUCCAGUGAUUUUGAAUGCCAGUUGAUUAUGUGCCGGGAUUAGACGAGAUUGUUAAAUUACACCGUGGAAAAAAUCUACACUUUUCUUCGGAUAUUGACAAAGCAAUAGAUGAAGCUGAAAUGAUUUUUAUCUCAGUGAAUACCCCAACAAAAAACUGGGGCCUCGGUAAGGGUAGAGCAACUGAUCUGACUAACUUGGAGGCUGCAGCUCGACGUAUAGCUAAAGUAUCACGACAACCCAAAGUUAUAGUUGAAAAAAGUACAGUACCGGUGAAAGCAGCAGAGACUACAAGUACCAUACUUCAAUUUGAAGCUAAGUCUCGUCGUAACAUAUCCAGUCUUACAAUAACAACUAAUAAUAAUGACAAUAAGCUUAAUGAAUUUGUAGUCUUAUCGAAUCCGGAAUUUCUAGCUGAAGGUACUGCUGUCAAUGAUUUAUGUAAUCCAGAUCGUAUUCUAAUUGGUGGUGAUUCACAUUCGUCAUCUGGUGAAUUAGCAAUUGAAAUGUUACGUUGGAUAUAUUUACAUUGGGUACCAGCAGAACGUAUACUGAUUACAUCGACCUGGUCAUCGGAAUUAUCUAAAUUGGCAGCUAAUGCUUUUCUUGCUCAACGUAUUAGCAGUAUCAAUGCUAUCUCGGCUAUAUGUGAACAAACAAGUGCUGAUAUUAAAGAAGUGUCUAAAGCAAUCGGUGCAGAUCAUCGAAUUGGUCCAUAUUUUUUAAAUGCUAGUCUUGGCUUUGGUGGUAGUUGUUUUCGUAAAGAUAUUUUAAGUUUGAUGUAUAUAUCAGAGACAUUGAAUUUACCAGAAGUAGCUUCUUAUUGGUAUAGUGUACUACAAAUGAAUAAUUAUCAAAUUAAUAGAUUUACACGUAAUGUAAUUGAAAAAUUGCACAAUACAUUAAAAGGAAAACGUAUUGCAAUAUUUGGCUUCACUUUUAAAGCGGAUACAUAUGAUACAAGAGAUAGUCCUGUGAUACCAUUGUGUAAUCAGUUAUUACAAGAACAGGCUGAACUAGCAAUCUAUGAUCCUAAAGCUCUUCAUAAACAAAUUGAAUCAGAUUUAUUAAUCAAUAAUAAUAAAGAUUCAUUCAAUUCGUCCACAUUUGUUCUACGCCCGAAGAAGCUGUCACCAACGCCUAUGCUAUUCUGAUAUGCACAGAUUGGAAAUGUUUCCAAGAAUAUGAUUAUGCGAAAUUUUACCGUUUAAUGACGAAACCAGCAAGAAUAUUUGAUGGACGCAUUAUAUUAAAUCAUAAACAAUUAAGUCAAAUAGGUUUUAUUGUUGAAGCAAUUGGUAUUGCAUCAGAAAGUUUUACCAUGAAUGGUUAUGUUGAAUAAUAAUAAUAGUAAACAGUAGUAAUACAAUUUAAUAUAUUAGUUAUUAUUACUUUUAUUUUUGACGUCAGCUUCGACC